AUGAGUAAACUGCAGACACAAUCUCGCUGGUGCCUUACCGGAACGCCAAUACAGAACUCCCUCGACGAUUUUGGGGCAUUGCUCGCAUCUAUCAAAGUUCCCCCGUUCGAAACCACGGCACACUUCGACCACUACGUCAUAAAUCCAAUAAAGGAGAAUCGCCGGAAAGGCUUCUCGAUGCUGAGAAAGGUAGUAGCCGCGACCUGUCUGCGAAGAACCAAAGCGACCUACGGACAGAUACUCAAUCUACCACAAAAGACAGAACGUGUAGAGGUUAUUGAUAUGAGCCGCGAAGAUAGACGCCUUUAUGAGUUCUUCAAGCGUUUCUCAUACCUCACCGCGGGGCUCGACAAGAUCUCCAAGAAAAAGCCAGCCACAAAUAUUCUUGUUCUCAUCUCUAUGCUACGACUCAUAUGUAACCACGGCGAAGCGCUCCUUCCUGAGGCUGCUCUAAAGGCCUGGAAAGAGAGGGACUCCAGUGUCUUGUCUUGGGAAGUGCUCGAAGCUAAUAUCAAGCGGUGCAUCUCUUGUAAAUUUGAGAUUGAAGAAUCAGACACAGCUAUCUCGCUGACAGAAGACUUGCCCUGCGGCCAUACUAUGUGCAGCAGGUGUGCAUCAAAAUUACAGAGCCCUCCCGGUCUUGCUCCAUGUCUUGAGUGUAGAGCGCCUGCGGAAAGCCAAGCAAUACCUAUGAUUGGGGCAGGCCUGUCACCGUCUGAAGCUAUGAACGGAAAUGCUUCCAAGCCGAAACCCCCACCAUCUGCCAAAGUUCAGGCACUUAUCAGGAAUAUUUCCAGGGCAGAAAAGGGACCAGAGAGCAGAGUAGCUCGACCAAAGAGUUACUGGACUAAAAUGCUCGACCUCAUUGGUUUUGCGCUCAACAGCCAAGGUUUCCAGUUCCAGAGGAUUGAUGGGCAGUCGUCAAUGUCGCAACGUAAAGCAGCACUAGAGACAUUUGGAGGUGACUCUGAGUGCAAUGUUAUGCUGGCAAGCAUAGGAGCAGCUGGAGAAGGGAUCGACCUCACCUCAGCCAGUAUAGUCCACAUCGUUGAGCCCCACUGGAAUCCUAUGGCCGAAGCGCAGGCUGUGGACCGCGUGCAUCGGAUUGGACAACAAAAGGAUGUCUAUGUCAUUAGGUAUAUCGCCAAUGACUCCAUAGAACAGUACGUGCAGUGGAUGCAAAGGGACAAGCAACGAUUAAUUGCAGAAUCACUCUCGAUAUCAGAGGAUAAACCUCAAGAUGUCGAUGAAGCUCGAUGGAAGCGCGUCUUUUAUCGUAACACAAGACAGUUCUUCCUUUAA